AUGGAAAGCCCGCACGAGCAUCAGCAGAACCUGCUGAUAUCACGCAUCAUCACCAAUGUGGAAAAACUGAAUGAAGCGGUUGUUGUGAUGAACAAGAGCCUCCAGGAGAUCAAUGUGCAAAACAUGAAUGUAGAGCUCGUCGCGCAGAUGUUCAAAAACUACCAGUCCAACGUCCUAUUCCAUCUAGAAGCGACUGAUAACCUGAAGCCUCCAUCAUGA